UUAAACAAAUGAACAAUGAACAGCUUCAAGACUGGCUUGCUAAUUUACACGAAAUUUUCUUUAAUGAAAGCGGAAGAAAUCAACGAGAACAAGCAUUUCUCUCAACCGGCCCAGAAGCUCAAAAAUGGAGUCAAAUUCUUUCAAAAUUGGCACCACAAACGAAUAUUUUACUUAAUUAUUUUAUGUGUAAUUUUGAUGAUCCUAGACUUAGCGAGCCUCUCAUAACACAAAUACUUUCUCUUUAUUACAAAAUUGGUAUAGCUCGUUGUUUUGUUCUUCAAUUAUCUUUAACAAAACGUUGGAGUGCUUCAGCAAAAAUGUUAGAAAUGUUUUUUCUUGCAAUUUAUAAUGAGGAAAUUUUAGCUGCUGGCCCUGGUACUCCUUCAAUGGCUAAAAGAUUUGAUGAAGUUUCUCUUCCUUCCCUUCGCCUUGUUCCACACAAAACAGUGACUAACAGUGCUUCCACAGGGCAGAAUAAUUUAAAAAUUGGUGGCUAUGGAAAUAUUGCACAAUGUAGUAGUAGCAUUCAAAUUUGUGUUUUACCUGAAGAAACGACUGAAUUAAAAAAACAACCACUUAAAACAAUUGGAAGUUCAGCAAGAUUAGAUGGACAAAAUCAAAAAUUUAUUUCUGCAACAACGCCAACAACUUCUACAGGAAUAAGUAGUAUUGGAGCUUGUAGUUCUACAACUGGUGGAUUAUUUCAAAGAGGUCGUUCAAAAAGUACUGUUCAAAUAGGCCCUUUCCCAGCAAUUGAAAGAAUUGUUGCCGAAAAUAGAUUUUUGGUGCUUACAAGAUUAACUAGAACUGUUAAUCAACUUUUAUCAAACAUGGCAACAGAAGUUGUUUGUAGAUCUUUAUGUCAUUCUUUAUUAUAUAUUUGUAGAAGUGGAUUUUCUUUUCAAGAAAGUGAUUUUAGACAAAGAAUACUUAAAGAACAGGCUUCUACUGAAAUUUUGGCAGAUUUUAGCAGAAAGUCAAGAAUUAGAAGUAUUCCUUCACACUUUUUUAUUGAGUCAAUUAAUGGAUUAAAUUUUGCGUUAAUUAAUGGUUAUGCUGAUAUAGCUCUUCGGGCAUUGGAUGCCCUCCAUCAACGUGCUCAAUACGAAUUAAUGGCUGAUGUUCAAUUGUCAACAAAUGCUCUCCGUCAUAUAUUAUUAGAGUCUUUAACUUUUCAAUCCCUUAUUAUAAAAAGACCAGAAACUUUACAAAAUGAUCAAAAAGGAAUUUUACAAAAUGAUAAUGAGAAAAAUAAAAAUAUUAAAAGAAUUAAUUCUUUUUCAAAUAAAUUAAAUGGACAAGAAGAAACUAAAUUUUAA